AUGGAUUAUGUAUCACAUAACUCAAAACUGGGAGAUGAUAUCGAUUGGUUCGCAUUACCAGAUAAUGUUAUUUUAUAUAUAUGGAAAUCAAAUUAUUGGAUUACUUUCUUGUUAACUUGGUUAAUAUUACCAAUGCUUUUGGAAUAUUAUAGAUCAGGCCAUAAUGAUCCAAUAAAUAAAUUAAAGGAUUCAGCCAAAGAAAAUAUAAAAUUUCAGGUAAUAAUGUUGGGUGUUUCAUUAAUUGGUUUAAUUUAUUUGUUAAUUGAUGUUGGAUUAAAUUUUAAUCAUAUUAAAUUAAUGAUUAUUGCCAUUGCUCAUGUUUAUUCUUUAAUCUUGGCGACUUGGUUAAUGGGUCAUGGAUUGACUAGUAUACCUAGGAAUAAAUGGAUUCAAGGUUCGGUUUUGAAGGAUUUGAAUCAUCAAUAUUUGAAAAUACCGAAAUUAGUUGAUGAAUUAGAAGAUACUAAAAUAUCGUUUAGAGAAGAUGUAUUGAAAGUAUUGAUUUUGAAGCAAAAUUACACAAGUGAAUCAGAAGAAGAUUUUAAUUACAGAGAUUGGAUAUUAAACUUAUAUGAAUCGAUACCUGGAGAAAUUAAAGAGCAGGUUGAAAAACAAUAUCUACAUGAUACUACAAAUAUUGAUAGGGAUCAAUUGAAUGAUUCAUAUAUGACAAAACUAAACUCUGAUUUCAAUCUGAAUUUGAAUAGACUAAUUGGGUAUCAAUCUGAAUUUAAUAGAUUAAUUGGUAAAAUCAUGAGAUUAGAAGAUGUAUUAAAUGCAGUUUCCACAAAGGAACUAGUUUUCAGAAUUGAUAAUCAUAAAGUUUUAUGGAGUCCUAGAUUUAAUUUCAUAUAUUGGUAUUAUAUAAGGCCCACUGCGAACAAAGUUACAGCAGUUAUUCUAGGAUUAGCAUCAUUAAUUAUAUUACAAUCAGAAUUUUUUCAUUCAACAAAGUUGUCAUUAUUAAAUGUAUUAAUAUAUUCAACUGGUAUCUAUAACUACUCAAUUUUACAAUUUAUCAUAUUAUCAUUAUUUUUUUCAUAUAUGUUAUUUUCAGCAUUAAAUUCAUUAACUCAAUUGAAAAUCUUUAAUAUGUAUCAUUUAGUACCUCAUAAUUCGGAUCCAGUUUCUGCAUGUUGGUACGCAAUGUAUAUUGCUAGAAUGACUAUACCAUUGAGUUAUAAUUUCAUAACAUUAUUUGUUAGUAGGAAAUCAAUUUUUGAAGAAUGGUUUGGACAGUCUAUCCAUUUAACUGGCUUAUUCAAUUUAUUAAAUAAUUGGAUCCCAAGAUUGAUUUUAAUUCCUGUAUUAUUAGCAAUGUUUCAUGUAUAUGAUAAACUCAAAAGAAAAUUAGGGAUUGCAGACUUAUACGAUUCAUGGAUUUUAUUUGACGAAGAUAAUGAAAAUGAUAAUGAUGAUUUCGGUAAAAGAAAAGAUUUAAUAAUAGUUGAAGCAAAAAGAAUUAUAUCAAGAGAAAUGUCUAAAAGAGAAAUGCAAUUGAGACCAUUCAAUUUAUCAAACAACAACAUCAAUCUUCAAAACCCAGCAGAUGCAAAUUAUGAAAGAAAUAGAAGAGAAUUUACAUCUUCAUUAGCUAACAGAAUUGAUAUUUCAAUCGAAGAAGAACCUGGUUAUGAUAAUGGAACAUUAAACAUACCACAAAAUGGAUUCUGGGGUAAAGUUAGCAAUACGUUUAAUGGAAUUAUAGGUAAUAAUCUGGUAAGUAACCAAAAUAAUAAUAAUCGACAAAGACCUUAUAGAGAUGAACCUUUAGAUGAUUUUAAUUAUGAUAAUGAUGCUAAUGAAAAUUUGAUUCUAUAG